CAUGGGGCUAGUCCCGAAUGACAACUGCACCACAUAACGGACAAACAGUCGGCACAGGAGCCGAUGCUAACGCAGAAAGACUUAAGUCUCAGGUUAAGAACUCGUCUUACUCGGAGAACGUUAUGAGGUAGAUAGUUAAAAUUUGAAAUAAACCAGCUUUGGAUGGAACAGACAGGCGCUGCCACCGUGAAAAUGGACCAGGAGUUUGAAGACAUGGACUCCAAAGGCCGGUGGCAGAAGCUUUACUCAGAAAUCAGGAAUCAAUCCCACGAGUGCUCUUACAAAGUGGCAAAGUAUCCAGAAAAUCGCAACCGAAACAGAUACAGAGAUGUCAGUCCAUUUGAUCACAGUCGGGUCAAGCUGGAGAACGCGGAAAACGACUACAUCAACGCCAGUCUGGUGGUGAUGGAAGACGCCCAAAGAAGUUACAUUUUAACACAGGGCCCCCUCAAGAACACUUGCGGCCACUUUUGGCUCAUGAUCUGGGAGCAGAAGACGAAGGCGGUCAUCAUGCUCAACAGGGUCAUAGAGAAAGGAUCAGAAAAGUGUGCCCAGUACUGGCCGACGGCAGAGGAGAGAGAGAUGGCCUUCAGAGACACGCGCUUUAUGGUCACACUGCUGUCAGAAGACACCAAGUCUUACUACACCACCAGAGUAUUGCAGCUGCAGAAUAUUAAUACGGGCGAGAAGAGAGAGAUCCAUCACUUUCACUACACCACGUGGCCUGAUUUCGGUGUCCCUGAAUCCCCGGCAUCCUUCCUGAACUUCCUCUUUAAAGUGCGGGAAUCUGGAGCGUUAGGGAUGGACCAUGGACCGGCAGUGGUGCACUGCAGUGCUGGAAUUGGACGCUCGGGGACAUUCUCAUUAGUAGACACAUGCCUUGUUCUUAUGGACAAACGGAAAGAUCCGUUGUCAGUGGACAUCAAGAACAUCCUUUUAAAGAUGAGGAAAUACCGCAUGGGUCUGAUCCAGACUCCCGAACAGCUGCGCUUCUCCUACAUGGCUGUCCUUGAAGGAGCAAAGUUCAUCAUGGGCGACUCUUCUGUGCAGAACCAAUGGCGUGUGUUGUCUGAGGAAGAUCAGGAGCCGUCCUCGGAGUCUCCGCCCUCCUCCGAGCCUCAGGCCCGGUGUCCACCGGAGCGACACAAUGGGACCCAGAGAGGAGGUCAGCAGGAGGAGGCAGAGGACUACAGACAGGACAGCAGAGUUCCUACUCAGUCUUCCUGCAAGGAACAGGAGCUGGAUGGCAGCACAACACACAAACGACGCAGAGAAGAUAACCUCUCCAAAUCUGUCAACACCAAAACACCCCAAGGCAAGUCCAGGUCAACCGACUCGGACAGGAAGAGGAAAAGGAUGAAAACCAGCGACUGCUAACCAGCUCCACCUGAGUUUGGCUCCGGCAGCGAAGCCAGCCUCGGCAGGGAACUCCAGCUCUCCACCCCUCUAUCCAAACCUCCGUGCUCUUCCUCCUCUUCUUUUGCCCUUUUCUUUUUUUUACGUUCGUCAUGGUUUUAGUCCGGCCAAGUCCCAUGCUUUCAGCAACACUCGCCUCAUAACUCUUCAUGUCUUUAGCUUCAGCGUUUUCCCCCAAAUCCUCUCCGAAAUGUUUACAGCAGACACUUUGACAUUCACACAGGAGCUUUAAACCCCCUCCUCAGACCUCACCUCCGCGUUUUGCUUUUGUUGUUUUCCUCGCAUUCUGACCUCUCUUAUAAGACUGAACAGUAGGGGGGGUACGCAUUGCCAAUUUGUAAUGCUGUUCAUAUGUGUAUUUUUAGAAAGAAAAAAAAACAUUUUUUCAGAGGCGAAAACAAGAGGUACUAUUUUUUAUAAAAAAUCUACUUGAAGUUUUUAAAGGUGACGUGGGGUUUGGUAUAAGACAAGUACUGCCUCCUCCCCCAAGUAAUAGUGGCAUGAUAUUUCAAUGAUGUACAUAGUGCUCUGUUGGUUUUUUAAAGAUGUGUAUUAAAGAUAUUUUUGCUUGUAAAGAGAAAAAUAAAGAGCUUAUGUUACAGAUCUUAAUGCUGCAGAAAACUCAUGACUUGUUCUCCUUUUGAAAUUAAGUUGUCUUAAGUUUAUUUAGAGUGUAAGCUCAAAAUAAAACUGGUAUUUUGUUUACCUAC